GGGCGUGGCUUUGGCUAACCUCGUUUGGGGGAAAAAAGACUCAUCCCAUAACAGAAUAUCAUAACAAUAAGGAAAUUGUUUUAGGUCUAGUGAAGGCACGCUGAUAUGGAUGGUAAGUCGUUUUCGACUUUUGAUUUGACGAGAUUGUCAACUUACUUUGAUCUAUGUCGCGCGUUAUAACGCUAGCUAGCCGACAUAAACUAGCAUAAAGGCAAAGUGUGGCAGCCAGUCGGUAAGCUAAAUGUUAUGAUAGCUUGCUACUAGACUAAUAUUAGUUUCUAUGAGAUUUUACCAAAUAUACACGUUUUAUAGCUAGCUAUUAAAGUCUCACUGCCAUGUCAGAUGUCACCAGAAGCUAGACGACUAUUCAAAGAAGUAAGGUUUAGACGAGUAACGUUAGCUGCAUGGCUAUUGAGAUGAUUUUGCUAAACUGUCUGGAUGCCUAGAUAGCUAGCUAACUUCCCACUUUCAUUCAUUUAUUUGUAGGUAGAUGGCCAGCAUUACGUAUGUUAUCGCCAUUUGAGGACUGUAGAGUUUAAAAUUAUCAGAAAGCAUUGACAACUUAUACAAUUCAGUGAUUUUGACCCAGUCUCAGAGAUCACUAGCUAGUUACCCUCAGUCUGUCAUAGUCGUCAUUGCACACUGUUAGUGCAAAGUAUACCAGGCCCAAUGCACUGGGCUGUAUCUGUGUAUCACCCCUCUCAUCCAUUUUUUUUCAUUCUUUCUUUCAGACACACUCUUCCAACUGAAGGUAUAUAAGAAAUGAGGAAUUGUCUUUGUGGAGCUUACACAGUUAAUAAGCAUUUUUACACAUCUCAAAUGUCUGCAUAUACUUCUCUCUUACAGUUUACAGCAAAACAGCUCGAAAAACUUGCCAAAAAGGCAGAGAAGGAUUCAAAAUCCGAGCAAGCCAAAGUUAAAAAGGUGAGUAAAGGGAGCGCUUUCUGAGAAACAAUGUAGGCUAGAACAUGGUCGUGUGUAGUAGGGAGAAAAUGUUUUGAAACAGAAGGGACUGCCUGAACAGAUUUUUGAUUUCUGAUGCUAAACGUUUUGCUAUAUGGUGUGCACUGGGCCCUACUGAACGCGACCUAGGUUACGUGUAUACAGGGUGUGGCUGUUAGAGCUAGUGAGUGUAUUGUUCAGUGGAGACUGCUGAGGGGAGGAUGGCUCAUAAUAAUGGCUGGAACGGAGCAAAUGGAAUGGCAUCAAACACAUGGAAACCAUGUAUUUGAUACCAUUCCACUGAUUCCGCUUCAGCCUUUACCACGAGCCCGUCCACCCCAGUUAAGAUGCCAUCUCCUGUGGUAUUGUUCAAACUGUACUUUUUAACAUUUUAGUCAUUUAGCAGACGCUCUUAUCCAGAGUGCAUAAUUUGUUUUUUUCAUACUUAAAAGACUAGGCAGGAUCAGCAGUCAGUCUAUCCCAUAGCAUAAACAACAUUAUUGAUGAAAUGUGUCAUUAAAUAGUUAAUUUAUAAUAAUUUAUAAUAAUUAUUAGGCAUCCGUGUCACACGUUCAGUUGGAGUUGACUGGCCAGGUCGAAUAAAGAGGUGUGCAGCACAUUAACCAGCAGGUGGCAGUGGAAGAUCAUGGUUGAGGCUGCACCAGUCCAUUACUGACAUAAGGAUUUAAACAGACGACCAGGGGCCAUAUGUAUCAAAUGUCUUUGAGUAGAGAUUGCUGAUUUAGGAUCAGUUUAGCCUUUUAGAUCAAAAUGAAUAAGAUUACAUGGACGGGGGGGACCUGAUCCUAGAUCAGUAUUCCUACUGGAAGAUGAUUGUUACAAAUACAGCCCCUGAACUUCUUUUCAUAGGCAACUGAACUGACUUUUAGUAUGUGUGUGUUCGUCUCACCAGGCUCUUCAGCAGAAGAAUGUGGAAGUUGCCAGAGUAUAUGCAGAGAAUGCCAUCCGUAAGAAGAACGAGGGCCUUAAUUGUCUGCGCAUGGCAUCUCGUGUUGAUGCUGUUGCCUCCAAGGUCCAGACUGCUGUCACUAUGAAAGCGGUGAGUCUAUUCCCUCUGCCUAAUCAUAAUCGUAUGUUAAUAUCAUUCAAUUGUCUGUAUCAUAUUAGUCAUUGUCAUAUUUUCUCUUGACCCCCAAUCUCUACCAUCCUCGCUACUGGCUAGUUUCAUAGGGAUGCACUCUCUGUCCUACCUUCGUAUGUGGCACUCUGCUUAUCUGAUCCUGGCUGUUUUUAUAUCUCUAGGUCACAAAGAAUAUGACACAGGUCACCAAGGCACUGGACAAGGCACUGGGUUCCAUGGACCUGCAGAAGGUGUCUGCUGUAAUGGAUAAGUUUGAGUCGCAGGUUCAGAACCUGGAUGUUCACACCUCAGUGAGUGGCACAAGUUUAUAGAAAAUAUUCCUAAUCUAUACUGAACAAAAAUAUAAUCGCAACAAUUUCAAAGAUUUUACAGAGUUACAGUUCAUAGAAGCAAAUCAGUCAAUUGAAAUAAAUGUAUUAGGCCCUAAUCUAUGGAUUUCACAUGACUGGGCAGGGGCGCAGCCAUGGAUGGGCCUGGGAGGACAUAGGCCCACCCACUUUGGAGCCAGGUCCACCCACUGGGGUGCCAGGCCUAGCCAAUCAGAAUUAGUUUUUCCACACAGAAGGGCUUUAUUCCAGACAGAACCCCCCUCCCCAUUCUCAGACGAUCCCUCAGGUGAAGAAGCCAGAUCUGGAGGUCCUUGCUGGCGUUAUUACACAUGGUCUGCGAUUGUGAGGCCGGUUGGACGUACUGCCAAAUUCUCUAAAACGACGUUAGAGGUGGCUUAUAGUAGAGAAAUUAACAUUAAAUUCUAUGGCAACAGCUCUGGUGGACAUUCCUGCAGUCAGCAUGGCAAUUGCACGCUCCCUCAAAACUUAUAAUAAUAAUAAUAUGCCAUUUAGCAGACGCUUUUAUCCAAAGCGACUUACAGUCAUGCGUGCAUACAUUUUUUUUGUGUAUGGGUGGUCCCGGGGAUCGAACCCACUACCUUGGCGUUACAAGCGCCGUGCUCUACCAGCUGAGCUACAGAGGACCACAAAAACUUGACACAUCUGUGGCAUUGUGUUGUGUGGCAAAACUGCACAUUUUAGAGUGGCCUUUUAUUGUCCCCAGCACAAGGUGCACCUGUGUAAUGAUCAUGCUGUUUAAUCAGUUUCUUGAUAUGCCACACCUUUCAGGUGGAUGGAUUAUCUUGGCAAAUGAUAAAUGCUCACUAACAGGGAUUUAAACAAAUGUGUGCCUUUUUUCUUUUUGAAAAAUAAGCUUUUUGUGCAUAUGAAUUUUUUUGGGGAUCUUUUAUUUCAGCUCAUGAAACAUGGGACUAACACUUUACAUGUUGUGUUUUAUAUUUUCGUUCAGUAUACAUAACAGUUGUACUCAUAAUCAAUUUCAUUUCUUCAAGUCAUUAGUUCACUAGCCUUUUGUUAAUGUGUCCCCUUCUUCCGUAAGACCUCUAGCUCACUCGGCCUCCUCGCCCAUUAUCCUCCUAAUUAAUUAACUAACCAUCCUAGUUCACUAAACCCUUUAUCUCACCAUACAUUACUGUACCCUUCUGGAUAAUUGCAUUAAUGGUGAAACAACAUAAACCCACUCACCUGUAGGUGAUGGAGGAUUCGAUGAGCUCGGCCACCACACUGACCACGCCCCAGGACCAGGUGGAUGACCUCAUCGUCCAGAUAGCAGAGGAGAGUGGUCUGGAGGUGAUGGACCAGCUCAGCCAGCUGCCUGCAGGAGCCACCUCACUGGGAGAGAGCUCCUCACGCUCACAGCAGGAGAAGGAGGACCAGUUGUCCCGCAGGUACACUAACAAUGCAUCUUUCACUGGUUACUGUGGGACAUUUAGCUUGUUUUCUAAAUUAAGGAAAUGUGAUGAUGACAAGCGGACCUAAGCUAUUCUGAAAUUAUUUGACUGUAAAGUAGUGUAGAUUCUGGCUAGAUGUGUUGGAGCUUUGAUAGAUCCCCUUUUUAAUUAUGCAUGGUGAUAUUCCAUGGACUAUGUAAAACACUUAAAAAAAAAAAAAAAAAAAAGACAAUUACUGUUAAUGAUCAAUAUGCACAUAGACCAAAGAUUUUCAUAUAAAUCAACAAUGACACUUUUAUUUACAUUGCAGGUUGGCUGCUUUGCGGAACUGAACAUAUCUCUCAACUAUUCGCCAGACAAAUGGAGGCUUGACAACUGCUUGGAAACAAACAGCGGAGAGCUGUGUGAUUCUAUCGAACUGUUCAUACCGUGAGGACCUAAUGAGCCUAUUGAUUUCCAUCCCCAUAUCUAUUUAUAUAUACACUCACACUGUGGUGCUGAAAAUACCACCUGAGAAGGCAUGGGUCCCCCUCUAUCUCUUCCCCCUCUUUCUCUGUCCAUCCCUCUCUUUUUCUGUUGCACAACAAUCUAUUUUUUCCACCUCUCAUUUUCCCUUUCCCAUAUCAGUCUUUCCGUCUCUCAAUCAUUGUCUUCUCUUAUUCAGGGAUCCCUCAAAUCAAAAUAGUGUUAUUUGUGACAUGCUUCGUAAAACAACAAUGCAGAGAAAAAAAAUAUCUCCCUUGGUUAGUUGUACUUGUGAAUUUCAGUACGUUGUCACAUGACACAUUUUUUGAUGUAUAUUUGAAUGGGAGGGUUUUCCUGAGAACAAGGGUUUUACAAAAUGUACAAAUAGUAUAUUGGAAAAAUGUGUUUUAAAACAGACAUUCAUGUAAUAUAGGGAAGCUUGGACCCCAGGGCACAGGUUUUCAACAGUUAUCUAUCUGGAUUUCGCCUAUCGGAUAGGAUUAAAUAUAAAAAUAGAAUGAAUAGAACGGACAAAUCAUUGACUUGAAUGGGGACUUAUUUUGAGUGCUCUGAUGUUUCCCAGUUUGCACUCUGUUCAGCACUAAACCACAGACACCUCUUGACACACUGUAUUGACAACACUAACAAACAAAAUUUAAGACACACUCUGUACUGCUUUUUCCCAACUCUUAAAAUAAAUGUCAUUAUUUCUGUAUAGAGGGGAGGACAAGUCUCAGUCAUACAUAUUUUUUUGUUUUCCUGAUUAUUUCUGUUCAAAUAUAUUGCUAAUUCAUGACUGUUAUUUUGCUUUGAAUAUGUAUGCCUUAUUGGGAUGCAGGUAUUUGCAUAGGUCUCCUCAGUGCCUGGAUGUAUCUAGUUAGAGAUAUAUUGAUUGAUCCUAUGUAAGGUUGUAAUAUCGAGGUUUUGGGACUAUAAGGUUCUAUCUGC